AUGAGUCAUCACCACCAUAAUCCAUUUGUGAAAAGAGUCUUGGCACUCUUCAAAAAGACACACGAAGAAGAUGACGAUUCACCAAAGUAUCCUCCUGCUCUUACUGCUAAAUACACAAUCCAUGAAAAGAAGCUGGGUGUUGGCUCCUUUGCUGUGGUAAAGGAGUGUUCUGAACGCUCCACAGGUGAAAAGUAUGCUGUCAAGAUCAUUUUGAAAAAGGUGAUUGCUGGCAAGGAACACAUGUUGGACAGUGAAUUAGACAUCUUGAAGAAGGUCCGCCACGAGCACAUUGUUUCUUUGCAUGACAUUUUUGAAGACACGAACGCAGUGUACAUCAUUUCUGAUUUGUGUACUGGUGGUGAAUUGUUUCAGCGUAUUGUGGAAAGAGGCACCUACACCGAAGCUGUAGCCUCUGAUUUGGUUCGCCAAAUGUUGGAAGGUUUAGCUUAUCUGCACUCUCAAAAUAUUGUUCACCGAGAUAUCAAGCCCGAAAACUUGCUGUUCAAGACACCUGCUGAAAAUGCAGAACUGCUCAUUACCGAUUUUGGAUUAUCCAAGCUGUUAAAGAACAACAACGAAGUUUUGACAACAGCAUGUGGUACCCCAGGGUACGUGGCCCCUGAGGUUCUUUUGGGUACUGGUCAUGGUAAGCCUGUCGAUAUCUGGAGUGUUGGUGUGAUUAUGUACACUUUGUUGAGUGGAUAUACCCCAUUUUAUGGCGAAGAUCAAAACGAGUUGUUUGAUUCCAUCAUGAAGGGAAAAUAUGAUUUUGAUGAUGAAUACUGGGGAGACAUUUCAGAUGAAGCCAAAAACAUGAUCAACAGACUCCUCACAUUCGAUCCCAGAGAGAGAGUUACUGCUGAGGAAGCAUUGAAGGAUGUUUGGAUCACCAGUGAAGAGGAUAAUGGCAUCAACUUGGCUCCCAAUGUUCGCAAAGGCUUCAAUAGUCGCAGAACCCUCAAAUCACUCGUCACUGCAGUGGCAGCCAUCAACAAAUGGAAGCAGGCUGAACACCUUACUCUUGAAGAAGAGGAAGAAGAGAACAAGAAGGUUGGAGAAGAAGCAUAA